GGCAUAUUGCAAUUGGUGCACAUUUCAUUUUAUUGCUUGUGCAUGGGGGAUUUGGUGCAGAGAGAUCAGACAGGAAAACCUAGGGGAAAUGGUGAAUAUCCUCUCACUCAGAAUCCUAGAUGAUAUAUUCUGAAGUGACUGAAACCCCAGAAAAGACCACAAAAGCCACCUUGAAAAUUGCUAUAAAACAUUUCUUGCAGGAGGUAUACGUAGGAAGGAACUGCACUGGUGAACAUUGUGAUGGCAGUGAAGUUCUGGAGCACGGGGCAUCUAUUACAGACGGGCCUUCAGAGACCAGCUUGUGAUUGAGAAACAUCUGCAAAGCAUAGAAGAAAGCUGGCCAGAGUAGAGUGUCCCAAAGGAAGCAUCUUCCAAGUCUGGGAUUACUGCAGCGAUCCACAGGGAACAUGAAGAGAACAAGGCACCCCAGGAACAUCAAGAAGCAAUCCAUGCAGGACAAGGUAAAGCAGGCUAUUACAAAGAACAAACAGAUCCUGGAGGGUCCAGCCACUGCUUCUGGCCAUGCUGCUGUUCCUGACCCUGCUCCUGCUCCAGUUCCUGUCCCAUCUCAUGCCCUAUCUUAUGUCUCAACACCUUCACCAGUUCCUACCCCAUCUCCUGCGUCAGCACUUUCACCAGUUCCUACCCCAGUUCCCACCCCAGCUCCUGCCCCAUCUCCUGCUUCAGCUCCUGCCCCAGCUGCUGUUCCAGAAUGGGACUCGGAAACUGAUGCCUCAGCUGCGCCAGCGAAGAAGAAGAUGAGGAUGAUCACAAGGCCUUAUAAUUUUACCAGGGAACAAGAGGGAGACCUGGUAGAAUGGUAUCAGGCCCACCGAGAACUGUACGUUAAGUACCAUAGUGAUUUCAGGAGCACAGAUCGCCGCAACGCAAUGCUUGAAGACAAGGCGAAGGAGUUCCCUGGCUGCUCUUAUGACCAACUGUGUCAAUGGCUCAAGAGUCAGAGGACACGGUUCGGGAAGCUGUCUCACAGUCUUGGCAAGUCUGGCUCCGCCAGUAAGCCACUGACUGACAGAGAGCAGUGGAUCAUGGAGAAAUGGGGGUUUGUCCGGAACCACAUAGUCCGAGUGCAUAGGAGGAAGAGCGGCAGGAAGGUGAAUAGUUAAGAAAAUGAUGUAACAAUUAUAAUUUGUUGGGAAGUGAGAUAGUCAAAUGGUGGUCACCUUGCUUGCUACGUCCUGGUGGCCUUGCACAUUUCUGAU